AUGUCCAAGCACACACGCGCAGCAUCAACCCGAAAGAAAGACCCAAAAAAUGUCGCGGAGCCUGCUAUACCCCCUCCCAUAUCAGAAGUGUCCAAGUCAAACAGGAGCACUGCAGCAAGCAAGGCCUGGGAGGUUCGACGUGCAAAGGCGGCUGCCACACAGCUCGCUUCUACCCAAUCAGGUUUACAAGAAACGCAGAAAGUGGGUUCUAUGAAUAGCCUUGUGGCGGAAGCAAGUAAUUCAGUAGUCCAGUCUGCCUGUCUACGAGCAGCAGCGGCCCCACAGACAAUCCAAGACCGGUAUAAACAUUUGAAACCGCCUUCCAUCGUUGCGGAAGUGAUGAAUGAGAAAGAAACCGAGUAUCACCACAAUCCUGAUGAAACCUCCAUUCCACGCUGUUGUGGGGACAACUCCGUGUACCGCAAAAAGUCGGAUUCUGCGGAAUUUGGUCACUAA